UUCUCGCCCUGCAACUCCACCACUUCAUCCCAAAACUUGUGUCAGGGCUCGCACGUAGCUAUUGAUUGCACCCGCCCAUUUAAUGCUCUGUUCGACAUCAUGCCGUCCGGACGGGAAAACGAUGGGAUUAAUAAUACAGAUCAGAAUUCAAAGAAUGAAGGACAAUACGAGAUACCAGAAGUAUGCGAUCUAAUCCUGCGAAUAUGUUUUCACAAAUCGUGCAGAGGUCUUCUCAUUAUGGGACUAUUUUUUGGUGCACUCCAGUUCUAUUUCAAUACAGAUUUUGAGGCACUGGAGGCAGCCACGGUGACCAAGUCCCAGUUGCCGCAAAUUGAAAACGAUACGUGGGAUGAGACCAAACUUGAACCACCAAACCCAACAAAAAAAGUAAUGCAACCUUCUUGUGCCCUCAAUUCUUACGUUAUAAUGGUUAUGCAGGAUGCAUCUAAGAAUAUUUAUAAUAAGAAAUACACUUGCAUGCCAGGCGACGACAAAACGGAAAAGAUAAAAGAAGAAGUUGUAGAAGAUGAAAAUACGUCACCAUUGUACGUAUUUGGAGCGUUCGUAUUGGUAACGGUGUGCGUUAUCUUGGACUUAGUGGAAUAUAAAGGAACUAACAAACAAACUAAAGCACCACUCAGUAGAAAAUGCUCGUUGGCCGACCUGUCCGUAUUGAAGCAUCAGAGAAAAGAGCUUGUUAGAAGAGAGUCGAUCUUGGAAAAUCCAGAAGAGAGUUCCAAUAAACAAAUGGGAUUUCGACGUCCACCGCCGCUACAUCGAAGAUGUUCCUUUCCGGUGGGAAGCAACAGGCUUAAUUACCAGUUUAACAGUAUUGAUGUACCAUCACAAUUAGAAUCUAGAAGAUUUUUGGGUAACAGUAGAAGAUCUUCAAUUAUUCAUGACAGUCAAGGAAUAAUGGACGGCAGAAGACAAUCCACUGUUGAUUCUAGGAGAGUUUCGAUUGUUUCCGAUUCUAGACGACUGUCUUUGUUACCACACGAGGUCGGAUACAAUUCCAUGGAUAAUAGAAGGAUCUCUAUGGACGUAGACUCUUUGGAUAGAAGGCACCAUGUUAGAUUUGUGCACAGGCACUAAAUUAUUUAAGAUUGGUGUCUUACCGAGAGGAGUAUUAAGCACUGUUUAAUACCCAGGGGAUCUGCUUUAAAUCGUGUUUAUCAUGCGUUUCUGAGUGUUAGAGUAGUUUUGUGUACUCGAAUACAACACUGUCCCCUUGUAAUUUAAAUUGUGAUUAUAUUUUUUGUGAUUUUGAGCUUUAACAUUGUCCACAUUUUUUGCAGAUGAUGAGUAGUUCGUUUAACAGUGCCAAACUACUUCCUAUCUUUACAUAUCUAUUUUUUUGUCAUUACUGAUUUAUCAGACAAUCUAUUAAGAAAUUAAACUAAAUAUUUUUCUAUAUACUUAUGUACAUUUUAUUGGACUGUUUUAAGAACUGAACAAACUGUAACAUUAAAAAGACUAGAAGACAAUAUCAAAACAAUCUUGAGAAUUAAGUGACUAUGCACAAAAUUGAACGUUAUAUUUAUACAUGUCAUGUAUUCUAUCUUGAUGUUGGUAAUAAAUGUUUUUUAUU